CCUGCGUAGGCUCAGGAGACAAUCCCAGUAAUGCUUGUAGAUAAAGCUGGAGAAAGUAACAACAUGGUAUAAUGACAAGUGUGCCGAAGACUGCUUCUAAACUGAUAUUAUUUAUAAGGUCUUCUUGAAGAAAAGAUCAGCACAAAGAUUACGUUCUAUACAAAGGCAAAGUUUGUAACAGUCCUGACGUAAGUUUUUAAUUUGCACCAUAGUCGACAAAAUACAUCUUUAGUAAAGAAAAACAGAGCAAUCGUGCAUCCAAGACUUGCCGCACCAGGAAUUCUGUGAACUAAAGUGAAGAAAAAAGGCAUGGGGAAACCCAUGACGUUAAACAAUUCAAGACUUCAUAAUGCUUUUGGAGUAUGGGCUAAGUGCAGCCAGGCCCUCAUGGAACUAUCAGUGCCUGUAACUUUUACCUCCUACUUUUAAAGGGGUGGGUAGAGCAAAUAGAGGGUCAGUUUUAAAGCCCUCGCUUCCCUCCUGCCAAACCUGGUAUUUCCUCCCCCUCUUGGAAGAAAGUAAAACCUCCCACAUUUUUUUCUAUUGAAAACAAGAGGCUCUUAAGUGUGGUGCACAUAGCAUUUCAGAUGGAUUUUCAUCUUUAACUCCGGAUGUGCUAGCAAAGCUUUUCACUGCACAGUUCUGAGGUAUACAUCUCUUUGUAAAUAUAUGGCUGAAAUAAAACUUUAUAGGAAACAUAUUUGAAGCCAAAUGUAAAUUCCAGGAAGGGUGUGUCUUAACCUUUGGAAUAUGCAGGAAGGCUCUCUCUUUUUUGAAAAAAAAAAAAACAAACACUUCAGUCUUAGCUCCUGGUUUUGAUACCUCUUUGGUGUGGCAGGGACUGUAGGAUCCAAUGUUACACUCCUUUUUGACUGGUUCUCUUGAGCCAUACUACAUGUACACAUUUCAAAAAAAGAUAUAGUCUUGUCUCAUUUGAAUGAACUUGUGUACAUCGUGUUUAGCUCCUGAAAUGACUUGCUGUGCUCCAGGGCACUCACACAUUUACGAAAUGUGGCCUGACUACUGGCUCAACCUUUGAGAAGGCAUGCCAGUUCUGAAUAGUUACUGCUCGGUAUGUCUGCAGCUGUCACAAUGGCAUGAAACACCAUGUUUUAUCUACUCGCCAUGUGUCCAGUGUACCAUGCAGGCUUUGGGAUUCAGUUUAAGCAUCCAAUUCUGGCAUUGGGAUAGCAUGUUGCAAAGCUAACUUAUUGUGUAAAUAGCUUAACUUGGCAAUGAGGAAAAAUAAAUCGGUUGUAUACUGGAAAGUCUUGAAAAAAUGUAUUUUAAUAUCCUUGAUCAAGUGCCACACCUAAAGACAUUUUUUAAUUCAUGUGGCUUAAUUUGUCCUUUUUUUUUCAAGAGAUGCAUAUUUCAGCAGAUGGUGAAUUUCUGAGCCACUUUGAGCAUUCCACUGAAACAGCAAAAGAUGAAGUAUAAAAGACCUGAGUGUUACUAAUACCCAUGGCUCCUUUCCCUUGCCACUUUCACCUAUAGUUGCAGAUAUGUGAGAAGACUGGCAGUUCACUUACGUUUCCCCUCCUGUAGAACAUUUGAAGUAUAUUUUGAAUGCAUAUCUAGUUUGCCCUGGUUUUUGUCAAAAGUGUACGUGAAAGCAAGGCUUGCCUAUACACUUGGUUCCACCUGCCUGAUUUAAGCUCCUGUCAAAACAGCUAGAUGAGAAUGUAACAUCUAACUCCCUGUGAGCAUUUUUAUUUAUGCAUUCUAAUUUCUGAACACUACUAUGAACCAUUCAUGCUUACAGAUGUCUGACAAGGAGCCAUUCUUUUAAAAUCCGGUAAACAAAUAGGUUAAAAAAUUUUUUUUUUAGUUGAGACAAGCUCAAUUUUGUAAGAUUUCAAAAUCCCUUUUGAAUCCAUGCCUUAGAUUGCAAAAGCAACCAUUGCAUGGGCAUCUCCAUUUCUUGGGGAAAUUGAAGCAGCUCUUUAGCAAGCACGUGGAUUAUUUUCUGAAAUGGUUAGAAAUUGGUUAUUCUCAGUCUGAAGCUAUGAAUGUACCUCAUUAUUUUCAUUGUGGCAAAUGUUACAUAUAAGAUGUCAAAAACAAAAUGUUACAGGGCUCUGUCUGCAAUUCUUUUUUUUAAAAUUCAAGUCCAUUGGGGCAUAGUCAAGAAACCUUAGGCACUUGUUUUAAUUUAAAAGAAAUACUUUUGUCAGUCCUUCCCAUAUUUGAAGUUUUAACUAAAUAGGUUUGCUUAUGUCAGUCUCUCAUGUUUGGAUACAGUUAAUCCAUGUUGUGAGCACAGAGAGCUGCUUACACUUUGGAGCAACAGCAAUGCAUACAAUCAUUUUAUAAGGAAAGCAUCUUUAAAUAAUACUGUGUCCUCGAGAAUCUACUUGCUUGAGCAGAACCAAGAGGGAAAAUGUUCCCAGUCACUCUUGUGAAUGAUCCUAUGGGAAAGCAUUUUGUGACUGCACCCUUAGGUUGAUCACACACAUGUGACAUUCUCAUGUCUAUACGGUUCAUUUCACAGUGGGGGGGGGGUGUAUAAAAAAUAAUGGUGGUAGCAGUAUUGGUCCUCUAGAAAGACAAUUUUCUUUUUUUAAAAGUCUUGUUUGGUAAUAUUCUUACCGCUUGUUGAUGAGACUCAUAAAUUUUCAAAUAACCAUGGGUUGUUAGCGGAUUUUUUUUCACUUGUGACCUAAAAUGAUAGUGCUUUAAGUGAUCAAAAUACAAAGAUUGGAAGCAGUCCUUCUCCCUGCUCUAUUUGGUUAGAAAAACAUUCAGAGACUUUAUACACAUAAAAAUUGUUGAAAAGAACUUGGUCGUUCUUCAUUUUGUCAAUUCCCUGCAAUGAAAUGGAAAGUUCUGGAUAAUUUGACCUGCCUGUUAACUUAAGUGUGCUUUGUGCUCAAAGUAUUUGCAGUGUUUGCAUUGGGUGCAAUAGAAUAGAGAAUAGUAGCUUUGAAAAAAAUCUGGGACCAGCUUUCAGCUUCUGGGGGCUUCUUCAGGUUGCCCACUGCCUUCCACCAAAAAGAUCAGAUAGGAAAUAAUUUGUUUUAUGUUUGUAAAAAUAAUAUUUGGGUGAGGCUCUGGAAGGGGCCUACAAAUUGUAAAAAUGGCAUUGGGGAUGGCUCUGUUUGGCUGAUAGAUCUUGGUUUAUGCAAAGUAAUUUUUUACAAUUUGGUAUUACAGUAGUCAUCAGAAUAACACAUUAACUUUAAGGCUAUGCAAAUUUACUUGGAAGAAGUAAAUUAUACUGAAUGCGGUGGAUUCUUCUUCUUCCAAAGACAUUUGCAUAGGAAUGGGCUGCAUGUGUUGAAAAAUUCUUUGAAAAAAAUUGUCUUUAAUAAAAUAUUUUUGCCCAUUGAAAUAUAAUUCUUUAUUGUUGCUUUAAGGAUCACACAAGAAUUUUGUCCUGGAAUAAAAAAGAAAAUACUGUAAAUACACUUGUCAUACCUUGAAUAAAUGGGUACUUUUUCUAUUAACCAGUGACUACGUCAUUUUUUAUAGUUUCUAUUGAAAAUAUUCUACAUCAAUUUUGCAUACUUCAAUAAGAGCAGUUCUGUUUCUCCUCCCAUCCCUUCUUCCCUCCCACUUUUUUGUAUGUGAAAGUCCUUUAUCCCACUUCAUUAAGAAAUUAAUAAGCUGGCCUACUUUUAUUCAUAAUCCUACAUAUAUUAAGAAACAUAGAAAAAGUUUAUUAAACUGCAAAAACUGUUUUACAGGACAUCCUGCUUUACAUUUUGCUAUAGUUUUUCAGUGAAUAUCUCAUAGAGUCUCAACCAAUUCAACAUUGUUUGUAGCAGCCACAAAAACUAAGUUUCUGGUGUAUAACAGCUACUUUCAAAGUACCACACAGUUAAACAGGAAAUAAAACUUUCAAACCAGAAACAGAAAAUGUGCUAUUAAUUCAAUGUAUGAAUUUUAUUUUGGAAUGACUGAUAUGCAUGCGAAUGAGCCAGUGAGAGUAAUAAUUAUAAUAAUAUAUUUUAUUUAUCCUCCUCUCCUAACGGCUUGAGGCAGGGUACAACAUAGUCAAAAUAUAUGAACAUAAAAUACAUACAAUAAAAUACAUAGAUAAAAAUACACCAUUAUAUAAAAAAAACAUACACCAAACACAAGAUACAAAAAUCAAUGUGUAGCUGCAGUAGAAUGCAAAUUCAAAACUCAGUUGAAGAUGAGUCUUCAACUAGGUCACACAUUCUGACAGCUCAUUUAGCUGUUGGAUCUCUUGCGGCAGCUCAUUCCACAGUCUUCUUGGGGCAACCGAUUAAAAGGUCUUCUGUGAGGUCCAUACCUCACAACCUCUGAGGAUGCCUGCCACAGAUGUGGGCGAAAUGUCAGGAGAGAAAACUCCUGAAAGACUCACAGCAACUCUUCUGUGAUGUUUGACAGUUGAGUUCUGGCUGGUCGAAUUAAGCGUCCCUCAGAGUUAAAAGUUGUAAGGGGGCAGAUUGUAGGGGAGAAGGUGAGCCUGUAGUAACCUGGACCCAAAUCUUGUAGGGCUUUUAAGGUCAAAAUCAGCACUUUGUACUUUGCUCAGAUCAUUAGAAACUGGAGUGACUUUAAUAUAAUAUAGAAUGUAACAUGUUCAUUCCUAGAUGUUCCUGUAACCCAUCUGGUUGCCAUGUUUUGAACUAAAUUGUAGUUUCUGAACUUUGUACAGAGAUAACGCAAUAUACAUCACAUUAUAGAAGUGUGACCUGCCAUCUUCAAGUCCUCGGAUUUAUCUUUUGAGGUUAGGGAUUAGUUAGACUUGGGCCCCUUUCAGCCUACAUGAUCAUACAGCAUUAUCACUCUGCUUUAACUGCCUUAGGGCUUUUGCAGUGGGAUGAUAUUUAGAAUUCUCACCCAAAGCAUUUGAUUGAAUCCCAAAACAACUGGAAGGAUAUGGAAGUUAUACACCUGUUGUUAUAACUUUUAUGGAUUUGAUGUAUACUUUCUAGGAAUCUCUAGAUCAGGCAUGAGCAAACUUGGACCCUCCAAGUGUUCUGGACUUCAACUCCUGCAAUUCCUAAUUCUUACCAGCUGUUAGGAAUUGUGGGAGUUAAAGUCCAAACACUUGGAGGGCCCAAGUUUGCCCAUGCCUGAUCUCGAUCAUAAGUUGAUCUUAAGAGUUGUGCUUGAGGACCUUGAGAUUCCAGGAAAAAAUACAUUAGUCAUUUUUUAAAUUAAAAACUUUUUAAAAUUUGCUUUUUCCCACAUUUGUGGGGGUUCUUUGCUCCUAGCCUCCAUAAAAGUGGAGGGUCUUGCUGUACAUAUAAAUUAGUGUUUGACACAUAGGCUCCUCCUUUUAAACAGGCUGGAUGGUUAUCUGUUGGGGAUGCUUUGAAUGCAAUUUUCCUGCUUCUUGAUAGGGGGUUGAACUGGAUGGGCCACGAGGUCUCUCCCAACUCUAUGAUUCUAUUAUAGUGAUGGAAUCUUUUUUCCCCCUAUUUCUAUUGAUAGGAGACCAUUUUCCACAACAUGUAUUUUAUAAUAUAUGGUUUUAAAUCUAUUUAUUGUAUUUUGUUAAAUUAUCUAAUUGUUUUAAUUGCUUAUGUUUUAUCUUUCUGUACUGUAUAUUGGCAUUGAAUUUUGCCAGAUUGUGAGCCGCCCUGAGCCCCUUUGGGUGAGAAGGGUGGGAUAGAAAUGAUGGAAAUAAACAAACAUUUUAAGAUGGCUAGCUUAGGCCAAACUGGUCAGUUUCUUCAAGACUUGCUUGUGGAUUUCAUCUUGGGAAACCACAUACCAGACAAAAUUCUUCUGUUUGCUUGUAUUCCUCAGGGUAUUGCUUUGGCCAAAAGAAACAAUUGCAGCUGAAAUCUACUAAACUGCAUGUCUGUUUGCAAUCAGACCUUAACGUUGCCUGAGGGCAACAAGACUUUUGAACUUUGCAGUCAAUUUUCACUCUGUCCUGAAAUGUAGUCUCACAAGAAGUGAGACCUCUUGAGAUCUAAAUUCCUUUGAAACCUCUGUAGCUAGCUGGUUUGUGCAUGCUUUAAAGCCUGCCACUCCAGCUGGCAAAUAGAUCCAGGCAUCAUCAUUCACUCUUGGUUUAUUAUUUGAGCAUUUCCAUGGCAACUCUCACUCUGCGCUAGACUGACUUGCAGGUUGCUUUGUGUGCGGUGAAAGGUUGAUGUUGCACUUUGCAAAACAAGACAAGUAAAACACAGGUUUUUGCUCAAUGACUUUGAUGAGUACAACAUUGCAAACGGGCACCGAGCAGAGGAACCAAAAUGACAUUUUGUCAUCAGCAUAAAUCCAGGAACAAUUCAGAAAUGGGGUACACACACAUCUGUGUGUGUGCGUAUGUGUGCGUGCGUGUGUAUUGGAUAUUUUGCAUGAUAUAAUGUGUGAUAUACAUAGAACACUGGCACAAAAUCACAAAAAGCCUAACAGGUAUUAAAACCAGUAGAAACACUGAGAAAUAAGAGGUACUGUGUUACUAUAUUUAAAGGAACUCCAGAGAUCGCAGAGGUCCAAAAACAUGUUUUUAAUUAAAUGACUGAGCAUGCUUGGAAAUCAAAGUAUUUUGGGUAUUGGGUGAUAGGAAGUCACAUGUUGUUCAAUCCUGUGUGGGAAAGUUGAAACUUGAACUAGGUACAUCCGGACAGACCCAAGAAAAGGAGAGCAACAGACAUUGUCUUCAAACUAUUGAAAGCCUAUAACGCAGCAAAUAGACGUUCUUUAAUGCACCAUUGCUGUUGUUGCCUUUAAGUAGUUUUGGAUUUAGGAUGACCCUAAAGCAGGCAUGGGCAAACUUUGGCCCUCCAAGUCCAAAACACCUGGAGGGCCGAAGUUUGUCAAUGUCUGCCCUAAAGUGAACUUAACAUGGUUUUUUUUGGCAAGGUUUAUUCCAUUGCUUCCUUCGGAGGCUGAGCGAGGGUGACUGUCCCAAGGUCAUACAAUGGGCUUCCAUGACUCUGGUCUCCCAGAGUUGAAGUCCAACACUCAAACCACUACACUACAUUGCCUCUCUUGAAGGCAUUUAUUGUUGUUGUGUAUCUUCAAGUCAUUCCCAAUUUACAACUCCCCCAAGGGAAACCUAUCAUGGGUUUUUCUGGUGCUGACAGCGUGUAACUUGCUUCAGGAAAGUUACCCAAUGGGUUUCUAUGGCAGAGCAGAGAACAAACACUGGCCUCUAGAGUCAUCAUCCAAUGCUGAAGCCACCUUAUCACUGGCUCUCAUUUGAAUGCAUAUACUGUGUGUACUUAAUUUCUCCAAAAUGAGGCAGAAAUGAUGAAUACAUGGAAAUAGCAGGGAAGGAUAUGCUUAGCGAAAGAAACAGUCAAGAGUAUUUCUAAAGGGAAAUAUUUGGAGAUAUUUAUCUGAAGAUAUUUAAACAGAGGAAGAUGUCUAAUCCUGAAUCAGACUCUUGGUUGAGAAUUGACAAGUUUAACUAUCUAUAACCCUCCAGGGUUUCAGGUGAGGCCAUUUCCCAGAUUUACCUGGGAAUUCCUGUCUUUACAGCAGACAUCCAUUCAUUAGGAGCACUCAGUGGCUCAGUGGGUUAAACCCUUGUGCCAGCAGGACUGCUGACUUGAAGGUUGGGUUGCUAACCUGAAACUUGCCGGUUCGAAUCCAACCUGGGGAGAGUGCAGAUGAGCUCCCUCUGUCAGCUCCAGCUCUCCAUGGGAGGACAUGAGAGAAGCCUCCCACAAGAAUGGUAUAAACAUCAAACACCCGGGCAUCCCUUGACUUCCGGUGCGCAGGCAUGGCGGCGAGAUAGGCACUUUAGAUCUCUCCGGAGGGUGCCAGCUGAAACCGGGCGACUGGGUAGAGCAAUAGCUCCCUCCGCCUCAUGGAUUAAGGUGAGGUGGACAGCGGAAACCGGGGGUCAGCCGACGGACCCAGAAGGGGUCCACUCCUCAAGAGUGGGCUCCAAAAGGGACCCGGCAAAAGACCCAUUGGUUAAGGCGGGUCGCGGUGGAAAGCGCGCGGGGGAGAAAUCCCCAGCAGGAAUCGCCGACCGGGCGCAUUGUUUUAACGGAAAAAUGAUGAAACGACAAAUGAAACUUAAGAUUUAACCAAGGGGCAUCGUAACGGAGGUUAGCUCUCUGGAGAAUAAGAAGAGAGUAGGAAGAAGACUUGCCUUCCUGGAGGGGGGAAAAAGCUGUGGAGAAAUAAAGCACAUAGCUUAUGUGCUUACCUGCUUUCCUUCUUAGUGCUACGGCAGAAACUAACCAAUAUUAAGGAGCGGAAGGGAAAGGAAAGAAAAGACUUAAAGGCCAAGGCUAAGGCUAAGGACUAAAAAGGCAAAAAAUAAAUAACAAAUCAAAGCUAGAAAGAUGGCGGAGUACUGACCUUGGGGGGAAGAUAAGAUAAGAGCCCUCCUUCUUGUAAACAAAGCGAGGUGCAGCGGAAAGCCCCGUUGGAAGAAACCGGAAACAACGCAGAAGGGGAACCACGCGAGAGAAAGGAGAGGGAAAGGACGUGACGUGAAGAAGGGCAGAAGAAGCUCAGACAAGGGGGAGACAGAAAGGGCGGAAGCAAAAGGAAAGAACAAGAAACCCACAAAAAAGAGGCAGGAAACGCCAGCAGGAUUGUGAGGAGGAAAGAAAAAGAGAAGGGGAGUAGCGGAGAAGGUGAAUCCCCGCAAGGUAAAGUGGAAAAAAAAAUUCUGGGUAGGGAAGAAGGAGAGACUAAGGAAAGACUAAAGUUUAAAUAAAUAAUAUUCAGGAUAAUAGAAAUAGGAGUUGGGAGUUUCCCAAAAAAAACGGCAAGACAGAAAAGACAAGGUACCCCAAGGGGAAAUAGAAAGAAAGAAAGUCCAAUAAUAAAGAGAUAUAAAGAGAUAUAAAGACACAAGUAAGCGGAGGAAGGUGAGGAAAGUACAACAGGAAACUUGGGGAACUGUAUGACUAAAGUGAAACUAUCAAAAAGAGGGAAGACUCAUAGGGGCGGAUAGACAAAAUAAGCAACUGUAUAAGAAAGCAUACACGAAUGGAAAUCUUGCCUAACUAACUUUAUUGAUAUUCAAAUUAAUUAUUAUUAUUAGCACGAAAAGAUUAUCCGAAGGAAAAAAAAAAUACUCAGAGAACAAGAUGGCAACAUUUAAAUUUAAAUCAGACAGAGAAAUAAAAGACCCAAGAGGUGCAAUUAGAAGACCAUCCCUGAAUGAGGAAAUGAACCUGAAGGAUAUGAUGAAAGACAUGAUGAGAGAGAUUCAGAAAAUUCAGGAGAAGCAGGACGUAUACCAGAAAAUACAACAGGAACAAAUGUCGGAUUUUAAAAAGGAGAUUAAAGAAGAACUGGGGAUAAUGAAGAACGAGAUUACAACAUUACAACAGGAAAUAAAGGACCUGAAAAAUGAAAAGAAAGAACUAAAGAUAACUCAAGAAAAGACCCAAUAUAAACUAAAAGAACUAGAGAAAAAAAAUGAAAAAAUAAACGCAAAACAAGAAGCCAUGGAGGCGAGAGAAUUGGAACAUCAAUUAAGAAUGAGAAAUAUACCGGAAGAGCCAGGAGAAAACAUAAGAGAGAAAGUAAUAGAGAUACUAAUGAAACUUCUGGACUGCUCCGAACAGGAGAUACAAAUACAAAUGGACAGAACGUACAGGAUUAACACAAAUUUCUCAAGAAGAAACAAAACCCCGAGAGACGUGAUAGUAAACCUUACAAAGAAAAUUGCAAGAGAUGAAAUAUUGAGAAUAAAUAACAAGAAACAGAUAUUCUACAAAGAGACAAAAAUAGCGAUAUUGAAGGAAGUACCAAAUACAAUAAUAAAUAGAAGGAAAAAAUAUACCUUCCUGACAGAGGAACUGAAGCAACAGAAGGCGAGAUACAGGUGGGAAAAAGAAGAAGGACUAAUGACAACGUAUAAAGGUCAAAGGUACUGGAUCACAACAGAAGAAAGAGCCCGAGAAUUUUACAACACAAUAAGAAAGGAGAAGGAUGAAGAGGCUGAAAGGAAACAAAAAGAGAAGAAAAAACCAAAGAGACAACGCAUAGAGUCACCCGAAAAAGAUGAUUUGGACAUAAAAGAAUGCAGACUGAACCUAAGGGAAAACAUGGAAUCUACGAAUCUAGGACAAGUGGAAGAAAGACAGGGGGAAGAGGAACAAGAGGAUAGAAUGAGAGAAGAAGAGGAGGAAGAGGAAGAGACAGAAGCAGUGGGUGAUAAGGACGAAGAUAAAUAUGAGUGAACUUAAAAUAUAUUCAAACAAUAUUAAUGGACUAAAUUCGGCAACAAAAAGGAAUAAAGUAUUUAAUGAGCUAAAGAAAAAAAGAUACCAGAUUAUUGCUCUCCAAGAAACCCACAUAAACCAAAGACACGUUAAAUAUCUGGAGGAAAAAAAACUGGGACAAUGCUUUUAUGCCUCGGCAUUAGAAAAAAAAAAGGGGGGUAGUGAUGUACGUAGAAAGGAGAAUACCAGCUAAAUUAGCUUUUAAGGAUGAGGAGGGUAGAUUCAUAGGAGUAAAAAUAAUGAUUCAGGGAAUAGAUAUAUUAAUAUGUAAUAUAUAUGCACCAAAUGGAGCAAAGUCAGCAUUCACAGAAAAACUAAAAGGCAGUAUUAAUGAUCAAGAAUAUGAACAUCUAGUGUUAAUAGGAGACUUCAACGGUGUAGUAGAGGGAGAAAUAGAUAGGAGUAAAGUAGCGAAGAAAGGGAAAAGUAAAAAUAAUAUAGGAAAUUUACCAAAAACAAUGAUGAACAUGAUGAAGGAAUUAAAUAUUCAAGAUAGCUGGAGAAUAAAAAAUGAAGGAGUAAGGGAUUUUACUUUUUUCUCGACCAGACACCAAAGCUGGUCGAGAAUCGAUAUGGCGUGGGUGUCAAAAUCCCUAAUGCCAAAAAUAAGAAAAACAGUGAUUUUGCCAAGGUUAGAUUCAGACCAUUGCCCAUUAGAAUUAGAGAUAUUCUACAAUAAAAAAGAAUGGAAGUGGAGGUUAGAUGAAAAUCUAUUGAAGAAAGAGGAAGAUAUUGAAAGAAUAAGGAAAGCAAUACAAGAAUAUUUUGAGAUAAAUGACACAACAGAGAUAGACCUAUUUACACUGUGGGAAGCAAGCAAGGUAGUAGUAAGAGGGAGAUUUAUUCAACAAAAAGCAAUUAAAAAGAAGGAAAGAUUUUAAAAAAUGAACAAGAUAAUCGAAGAAAUAAGAAAGGAAGAAAUUAGCUUAAAAUCAAACCCAAGAAACAAGGAUACCCAGAGGAACAUAGAAAUCUUACAAAAACAAAGGGAAUAUUUGAUAAUGGAGGAAAGGGCUAAUAAACUGAAAUUUAUAAAGCAAGAUUUCUUUCAAAACGCAAAUAAACCGGGAAGAUGGAUGUCUAAUAGAAUUAAGGAAAGAAAGGAAAGUAAAUAUGUAACAAAAAUAAAAGAAGGGGACAAAAUAUAUACAAAAGAGGAAGACAUAAAAACCCAAUUCCAAAAGUUUUACGAAACACUCUACCAAAAAGAACAAAUAGACGAGGAGAAAAUAAUGAAAUACAUAGAAGAGAGAAAAGUGACAAAAAUCUCAGAAAAACAAAGAGAGGAACUAAAUAGUGAAAUUACAGAGCAGGAGAUAAAGAAGGCCAUACAAAAUCUGAAACUUAAUAAGGCCCCAGGCCCAGAUGGGCUAACAGCAGUAUAUUAUAAAACCUUCGGCCAAGAGUUAAUACCAUACUUGAAAAAAAUUAUGAAUAGGAUUAGAGAAAUUGCAAAAAUGCCGGAAACAUGGAAACAAGCAAACAUAUGUACAAUACAUAAAGAAAAUUCGGAUCCAGAAAAAAUUAAAAAUUACAGGCCAAUUUCACUAUUAAAUUUGGAUUACAAAAUUUUUAGCAAUAUAAUAGCGGAAAGAUUUAAAAACUUUUUAAAAAACUGGAUAAAAGAAGAACAAACGGGGUUUUUACCCAAUAGACACCAAAGAGAAAAUGUAAGAACCAUUAUUGACUUGAUUGAAUAUUAUGAAAUAAAAAAUCAAAAAAAAGUUCUUUUACUGGCCCUUGACGCUGAGAAAGCUUUCGACAACGUAAAUUGGUCCUUCUUCAAAUUAUUAAUAAGGGAAAUUGAUAUAGGUUAUUAUUUCCAAAAUACAAUUGAUGCAAUAUACACCUCACAAAAGGCAAAAAUUCUAAUUAACGAUCGAGAAACGAAAGAUAUAAAUAUAGAGAAAGGAACUAGGCAAGGCUGCCCCUUAUCACCAUUAAUAUUCAUUUUGACAUUGGAGAUACUAUUAAACAGAAUAAGGGAGGAAGAAGAACUGAAAGGAGCAAAAAUACAGAAUUAUGAAUACAAAAUCAGAGCCUUCGCGGAUGAUAUUAUAUGUGUAAUAGAAGACCCUGACACAAAAUUAGGAAAAUGGCUAGAGAUAAUAAGAGAAUUCGGAGCAGUAGCAGGAUUUAAAAUAAAUUUGGAAAAAACGAAAGCAAUUACCAAAAAUAUAACAAAGAAGGAACAAGAAACUUUAAUGGAAAAAUGGAAUAUCCAAAUUGCCUCCAAAAUAAAAUAUUUAGGAAUAAUUAUAACCCAGAAAAAUUCUCAGCUACAUGAAAAUAACUACCUAACAAAGUGGAAAGAGAUGAAGAAGGAAAUGGAGAAUUGGGGGAAGUUAAAACUGUCACUGUUAGGUAGAAUAGCAUGUGUAAAAAUGAGUAUUUUACCAAAAAUGAUAUUCCUAUUUCAGAAUCUGCCGAUAAUUAGAAAUCAAAAGACCCUUAAAGAGUGGAACAGGGAUAUAAUGAAAUUUAUAUGGCAAAAAAAGAAACCGAGAAUAAAGCUGAAAUAUAUGAUCCAGGAAAAGAACAGGGGUGGACUAGCGACACCAGACUUAAAACUUUAUUUCGAAGCAUCGGCUUUAAUGUGGGUACGGGAUUGGACAAAACUAAAAAAUAAUAAAUUGCUAAAUCUGGAAGGAAUAAAUUUAAGAUUGGGAUGGCAUGCAUACCUAUGGUAUGGGAAAUCCAAAAUUGAGAAAGAAUUUAACAAUCACUUUAUACGUUCAGCAAUUCUUAAAAUUUGGGAAAAAUACAAAAAGAAAUUAUAUGACAAAACGCCCCUAUGGGUGUCUCCCCUAGAAGCAUCGCAGAGAAGACUACUGGGAUGGCAUAACUGGCCAAAUUAUAAAGAAUUAUUAGUAAAACAGAAUGGAGAAUGGGAAAUGAGACCCCAACAGGAAUUGAGAGAAAUAAACAAAAAGAUUUCCUGGUAUCAGGUAUGGCAGGUAAAAGAACAUUUUAAGACAGACAAACAAGUAGGAUUCGAGGAGCAAAAUACAUUUUGGGAAAAAAUAACUCAAACAGACAGAAAAAUAAUAACAAAAAUCUAUAAAAAAUUAGUAGAAUGGGAAACAGAAAAAGAGGAGGAAAAAUCACAUAUGACCAGAUGGAAUGAAAAUAUAGGCAGGAAGAUUAGGAAAGAAGAAUGGGAAGGAAUCUGGAGGGAGAAAUUGAAAUAUAGCUAUGCAACAGAUCUAAAGGAGAAUUGGAUUAAGAUGGCCUAUAGAUGGCACAUGACACCACAAAAAUUAGGAAAAUGUUAUAAAAACUUAAAAAAAAAUUGUUGGAAGUGUGAGAAGAUUGAGGGUACAUACUACCAUAUGUGGUGGGGAUGUGAAAAAGCCAAGAUAUAUUGGAAGAAAAUUAGGGGAGACAUAGAAAAGAUAUUAGAGAUAAAACUGCCAAUGAAACCGGAAAUAUGGUUACUAGGAAUAACGGAACAAAAACUAGAAAAAAAUAAAGAUAAAUUAUUAUUUCUGCUAACGACGGCAGCAAGGAUAUGCUAUGCGAGGAUUUGGAAGAAUUCUGAAAUCCCUAAAGAGGAAGAAUGGUUGAAAAAAAUACAAGAUAUAAAAAAUAUGGAUAGGCUUACUUUCCUUCUAUCAAAAAGUAAGGGAAAUCCGAUAAAAGAAACAAAUUGGGACAAUGUAACAAAAUACCUAGAAGGAAAGAUAAAACAAUCAAAAUAAAUAUAAAAACAAAUAAAACAGCAAGAUCAUAGAAUAAGAAUGGAAAGAUAAGUGACAGAUAUAAAAGAAAAUAAAUAAAUAAAUAAAUAGAUAAAUAAAUAAACAAAAACAAAGAUAAUAUAAGAAGCAAAGGAAGUCAGGAUAAAAUGAAAACUAAGAAGGGAAAUAUUAAAAACAGAAGAUGAAAAAGGAAACCCCUCAUCAUGAAUGGAAGAAAGAAGGGAAGGAAGGACCCCAGAGAAACGAAAUGAAACAAGGAAAAGAUUGAAGAAUGAAAAGGAAGGGAAUCUCCGGGAAGAUGCCCAGAAGUCCAAUUUAUUUUAUAUAUAUUCUCUAUUCUCUCUUUUCUUUCUUUUUUUUUUCUUUUUUUUUCUUUUUCUUUUCUCAUUUUUUCUUCUUUUCCUCUUUUUCCUUUUCUAUUUCACUACUAAUCAUGUUUAUUAUCUUAUAUCUAUAUUUUAAUAUGUAAAUGGAAAAUUCAAUAAAGAUUACUUUUUUAAAAAAAAACACCCGGGCAUCCCCUGGGCAUCUCCUUGCAGACGGCCAAUUCUCUCAUACCAGAAGCAACUUGCAGUUUCUCAAGUCGCUCCUGACACGAAAAAAAAAAUUAAUUGCAGAGAAUAGGGCUUGCUCGAGAAUUUUUUUUUACAUGACCCUGUAUAUAUGUGUAUGUAAAAUGUGUAUGUUUGGUAUGUAUUUAAUUUUACCAUUUAUUAAAUAUGAAAGCAAAUGUGAUUAUCAGAUGGAUGUGCUUGUUUAUUUUUGCAUAAAGAAUUAAAUCUUGGCUGAGUAUUUGAUACUGCUGCACUCAGAGCAUCUUCAACAUUUUUCAUGCCAUGCUGGCAUGCUUGUUUUGCAGCCUCAAGUAGCAGAGUAUAUAUACAGUAGAGUCUCACUUACCCAACAUAAACGGGCCGUCAGAACAUUGGAUAAGCGAAAAUGUUGGAUAAUAAGGAAAGAUUAAGGAAAAAUCUAUUAAACAUCAAAUUACGUUAUGAUUUUACAAAUUAAGCACCAAAACAUCUUGUUUUACAACAAAUCGACAGAAAAUGCAGUUCAGUACACGGUAAUGUUACUGUAUUUAUGAAUUUAGCACCAAAACAUUGCAAUGUAUUUAAAACAUUGACUACAAAAACAUUGACUACUAACAAACUAACUAAAAAUAAAGAUAGAAUUGCAUAAACUGAACUUUCAGUAACAACAUUGUCAGAAAUUAAAUCCAUAAAAAGUUCAGUUCUUGCUGCCGAGAGAAACAGCUGUGGAUCUGGAUGAGAGGCAGACUGUGUUGGAUAAUCCAGAAUGUUGGCUAAGCAUAUGUUGGAUAAGUGAGACUCUACUGGUUGGUUCUCCUUUUUUCCUCCUGGAUUCAUGCAAAUAUCUAAACAACCACUAGGUAGCAAACUACAUGCAUUUUUCAUGGCCCUGAGAUUAAGUUAGGGUCCUGACCCCAUGUUAAGAAACUUUGGAGUAGAUGACCUCUGGGGUCCUUUGCCAAUUCAAUAAAGUUUCUGGCCCAACUUUACUGCGGGGGGUAAUCCUGUCUCUGCUUUCCAAAAUAAUCAAUGGCACUAGAUGCUCUAGGAUUCCUAAUCUCAAUUUGCUGUAGAGAAAGAAAGAGGACAGG